AGGCCCAGGAAACCCAUGAUGUAAUCUUCAGAAAAGAACAGGAGAAAAUGUCUGGAGAGAAAAAGAGCCAAUCCAGGCCUUGCAUGUGGAAACAGCUAGGGAGAUGGGUUGUGCUAAUAAAAGCACAGAAUCAAAUGUAUGGGACACAGUAGCUCCACUGUACUCAGCACUGGUAAGAGUAAAAUAUUGUGCUCUAUUCUGAGAACACUUUUUUAAGGAGAUCAUGAUCAAAGUGAUGUACAUCCAGAGGUUCAGCCAUAAUAAAGAUGAAGAACAGAUUCUCAUUUUUUUCUUAAGGCACUGUGACAGAGAAACUUAUCCCAAAGAUUAUGAUAUAGAGGGUCCUGAAGAAGUGAAAAAACUGUGUAAUUCAACAUAUUGGCGACUUGGAACCAACGAACCCCCAAUUUGGAUAUCAGAAACACAUGAGAAAAUGGCACAAGUUUGUUUAAACACAGAAUUGGCUGAAAUAAAGAGCAAGGCUUUAUUGAAUGAGGAAACGAUGAGCUCUGGAAUUAUUGAAAGGGACACUGGAUUGCCUGCCACAGGUUUUGGAGCUCUCUUUCCUAGACACCCAUCAGAUUGGUGUGCAUUGACAACAUAUGCUGAAGAAUAUGCUCCACCGUAUCAAUAUCAGCCACGUGGUUAUCCUUGUCAAGAUGAUGAUUAUUCAGUUGUCUACAGAAAAUGCCGUUCUCAGUUCACAGAUCUAAAUGGUUCCAAAAGAUUUGGCAUCAACACCUGGCAUGAUGAGAGUGGGACUUAUGCCAAUUCAUAUGUAAAACGAAAACUCUACCCAUUUACCAGUGGCCUUGUUGUUCCCUUUUUAAAAUAAUAUAUGGAAUCAGAUUCUAUAACUAAUGAAAGGUAAUGGAUGUAGCAGUUGAUGAUUUUCUAUCCUAAUAAAUGCAGUGGAAAUAUUA